GCCCCUCGGAUGCUCAGCUGCCCAUAAGUUCCUGUAUCAACUUGUUGAAGACAGUAUUGCUGCUGGAGGUUUCUCACAUGCUUUAGGAUAUCUUCAGGAAAAUCGACUUCACAUAAACAGAGAAUUUUGACAUUCUAAGUGAGACCCUUCAAGACAUCUAGGAAAAUGGUGGCCCUGUCCUUAAAGAUCUGUGUCCGUCACUGCAACGUGGUAAAGACAAUGCAGUUUGAACCAUCUACGGCUGUGUAUGACGCCUGUCGAGUCAUUCGGGAACGGGUGCCCGAGGCACAAACUGGGCAAGCUUCCGACUAUGGGCUGUUUCUUUCCGAUGAAGACCCCAGGAAAGGUAUUUGGCUGGAGGCGGGCAGAACACUGGAUUACUACAUGUUGCGAAAUGGGGAUAUUUUGGAAUAUAAAAAGAAACAGAGACCUCAGAAAAUCCGGAUGCUGGAUGGAUCUGUGAAAACAGUCAUGGUGGAUGACUCCAAGACCGUGGGGGAACUCCUGGUUACUAUUUGCAGCAGGAUAGGAAUAACGAACUAUGAGGAAUACUCUUUAAUCCAAGAAACUAUUGAAGAAAAGAAAGAGGAAGGGACGGGUACGCUCAAAAAAGACAGGACGCUGUUACGAGACGAGAGGAAAAUGGAGAAGUUGAAGGCCAAGCUUCACACAGAUGAUGAUUUAAAUUGGCUGGAUCACAGCCGAACAUUCAGAGAACAAGGAGUAGAUGAAAACGAAACAUUGCUGCUUAGACGGAAGUUCUUUUACUCAGAUCAGAAUGUAGAUUCAAGAGACCCUGUGCAGCUGAACCUGCUUUAUGUUCAGGCUCGGGAUGAUAUCCUGAAUGGCUCCCACCCUGUCUCCUUCGAGAAAGCUUGUGAGUUUGGUGGAUUUCAAGCUCAAAUACAAUUUGGACCCCAUGUGGAACAUAAACACAAGCCUGGAUUCUUAGAUCUAAAGGAAUUUCUGCCCAAAGAAUACAUCAAGCAGAGAGGAGCUGAAAAGAGGAUAUUCCAGGAGCAUAAGAACUGUGGAGAGAUGAGUGAAAUAGAAGCCAAGGUCAAGUAUGUCAAGCUUGCCCGGUCCCUCCGGACAUAUGGUGUGUCCUUUUUCCUGGUGAAGGAAAAGAUGAAAGGCAAGAACAAACUGGUCCCUCGCCUUCUGGGGAUCACCAAAGACUCGGUGAUGCGUGUGGAUGAGAAGACCAAGGAAGUGCUGCAGGAGUGGCCCCUCACCACGGUCAAGCGCUGGGCAGCCUCGCCCAAGAGCUUCACGCUG